CAGGCGCCGUCAGACCCCGAGGCUUUCUGGGUAAAGAUGGACGUGCACGACUUGUUUCGCAGGCUCGGUGCGGGGGCCAAAUUUGACUUGAAUCGCUUCUCCGCGGACGCCGUUAGAUUUCAGCUAGGCAAAAGGAAGUAUGAUGUUAAUUCUUCAGAGGUGCUGCAGGGACUGGACUUUUUUGGAAAUAAGGCUGUCUCAAAUGAAUAUACAGCAUCUGGAACUCAUCAAGAGCUUCAGGAUGAAGAGAAAAAAGAAGAAAGUCUAACUGAAAGGAAGGGGGAACAGAAGAGGAAAAGGAGAAAGAUGAUGACUUCAGAAAUUACUUCCCCAGAAGAAGGAACUACUAUACAGUGGAUAUCAUCUGUGGAAGCAAAGAUUGAAGAUAAAAAAGUUAAAGGACAAAAGAAACUAACUUCAGAAAAGUUGGAACUGCUCAGAAAGGAAAAGAUAAACAUUUUCAGGAAUAAACACAAAAUUCAUGUCCAAGGAACUGAUAUUCCGGACCCAGUUGCUACAUUUCAACAACUUGACCAGGAAUAUAAAAUCAAUUCUCGACUACUUCAGAAUAUUCUAGAUGCAGGCUUCCAGGUCCCUACUGCAAUCCAAAUGCAGGCCAUUCCAGUUAUGCUGCAUGGUCGAGAACUUCUGGCUUCUGCUCCUACUGGAUCUGGAAAGACUUUGGCUUUUGGCAUUCCCAUUUUAAUGCAGCUGAAACAACCCACAAAUAAAGGCUUCCGGGCUCUGAUUAUAUCGCCAACAAGAGAACUUGCCAGCCAGAUUCACCGAGAAUUAUUAAAAAUUUCGGAAGGAACAGGAUUCAGAAUACACAUGAUUGACAAAGCAGCAGUGGCAGCCAAAAAAUUUGGACCUAAAUCAUCUAAGAAGUUUGAUAUCCUUGUGACAACUCCAAAUCGACUAAUUUAUUUAUUAAAACAAGAUCCUCCAGGAAUUGACCUAACAAGUGUUGAAUGGCUUGUAGUAGAUGAAUCAGACAAACUGUUUGAAGAUGGCAAAACUGGAUUCAGAGACCAGCUGGCUUCCAUUUUCCUAGCCUGCACAUCCCACAAGGUCAAAAGAGCUAUGUUCAGUGCAACUUUUGCAUAUGAUGUUGAACAGUGGUGCAAACUCAACCUGGACAACAUAAUUUCUGUAUCCAUUGGAGCAAGAAAUUCUGCAGUGGAGACAGUAGAACAAGAACUUCUGUUUGUUGGGUCUGAGACUGGAAAACUUCUGGCCAUGAGAGAACUUGUUAAAAAGGGUUUCAGUCCACCUGUUCUUGUUUUUGUUCAGUCCAUUGAAAGAGCAAAAGAACUUUUUCAUGAGCUCAUAUAUGAAGGUAUUAAUGUGGAUGUUAUUCAUGCAGAGAGAACACAGCAACAGAGAGACAACACCGUCCACAGCUUCAGAGCUGGAAAGAUCUGGGUUCUUAUUUGUACAGCGUUGUUGGCAAGAGGAAUUGAUUUUAAAGGUGUGAACUUAGUGAUCAACUACGACUUUCCAACCAGCUCAGUGGAAUAUAUCCACAGGAUAGGUCGAACUGGAAGAGCAGGGCACAAAGGAAAAGCUAUUACAUUUUUUACUGAAGAUGAUAAACCGCUAUUAAGAAGUGUUGCCAAUGUUAUACAGCAGGCCGGAUGUCCUGUACCAGAAUACAUAAAAGGUUUCAAAAAGCUACUAAGCAAACAAAAGAAAAAAAUGAUUAAAAAACCAUUGGAAAGAGAGAGCAUUAGUACAACUCCAAAAUAUUUUUUAGAAAAAACGAAAGAUAAACGGAAAAAGGUCACUGGUCAGAACAGCAAGAAGAAAGUAGCUCUCAAAGACAGAACAUAAAGCCAGACUUUGAAAAGAUUAUCUUAAAAUAUAUUUUCAUGAUCCCAAUGUGAAUGUUGUUGUCACAGAAUACUUCAAGUCAUAAAAUCGCUUACAUCAAACAUUUGAAAUCAACUACAAGAACAUAGGAGUGGUAGAAAAUGGUUUAUGAUUCUA